AUUAGAGAAAGAUCGGAGAAAGAAAAGCAGUGUCCAAUGGGUAACACUAAGUCACCUCCGGCGAAUCCUAGCUUCGCUUCGGCAUCCAGAAGGAAAUAAGAGAUCUCAGAGCACUGUUCUUGUCCAUGGCUGCCCAGUCACAGAGCGACGGUCGAUACAUAUCUCCCUCUGUCUUUCAGGCAUACUUUGGACUAAAAGGGGCUCUUGGGGAAAGGCUUUUUGAUUUGGUUACGCAGCAAAGGAAAGACCAGAAAUUGACCUUUGAAGACCUCGUAAUUGCUAAGGGGACUUAUGAGAAAGGAACAAAUGAUAAGAUUGAGGAGUUUGUAUAUCAAUUAUCUGAUGUCACAGGUGAUGGUGCUUUGGGGAGGUCUGACAUAGAAUCUGUUCUAGUUACAAUAUUUGAUGAUAUAUUCAAUGUGAAAGGUUCUGAACCUGGAUCAAGUUCACAAGGGGACAUGGUGGACAUAUUUCUUAAUUCUGCUACCUUCUCAAGGGGCAAUGAAAGAUGCAAUGAUAAAAGUAUGUCUUUUGAAGAUUUCAGAAAGUGGUGUACACUUAUUCCAUCUCUGAGAAAGUUUCUAGGAAGUCUACUGAUUCCACCUGAUUCAGGGCGACCUGGAUCUCAAGUUCCCAAAUUGCUGCUUUUUAGACAGUAUUGAUUCUAGUAUGUUGUUACUGAGAAAGGAGUACGCUUGGCAUAUAGGAGGAGCUCUUUCCAAGCAAGAGCUAGAGGAAUGGAAACUUUUGUAUCAUAGUGCCUUAAAUGGCUUGAGUUUCAAUACAUUCUUGGGCAGCAUAAUGAUAAUGAAGGUUCUAUAUAUGGGGGUUAUGCUUCCCAGCCUUGGGAGAGGCAUGGUGAUUUCUACGGAGAUAUGAAGUCUUUUCUCUUUCAGCUCCAUCCAAAGGCAUCCAUAUUCAGACCAACUGGGGCCAACAACAAUUUACAAUGGUGUGCUGUUAAGUUUCAGUUCAGAGGCCAUUCCAAAUGGCAUUGGGUUUGGAGGACAAAUUAAUCACUUUGGCCUGUUCCUCUCAGCGGGCUUUGAUCAGGGACACACUUUCUCUUGCCUGACAUUCAACAGCCCUUGCCUUUCAAAGAACAGUAAAAUCUGCCCAGAAGUGAUAGAAUGCUGGGGAGUUGGUAGGAAAGGAACGCAGCAAGAAAGACAAGAUGCUCUUAGAGGUACUGUGUUAGAAAGGUUUAAGGAGGACCGGAAUAUGCUCAACAUGGUAGGGAUUGCAAAAGCUAAUGAGUAAAUGUGAUCGUCUUUGGCCUGCACUUUCAGAUAGGGCAUCAACAUUUGCAUCAGUGCUUAAGGUUAGAAGUCUUGUUCAACAUCUGUCUAGUUCAAGGAAAAUUGUUUUUAUCUCGAGUUCCUGAUUCCUCAAUCAAACCAGACUUUAUUUUUUUAUCAUUAUAGUCCCUAAGAACACAAGUGUAUCAUGUAUAUGCCAAACCCUCUCUUCCAACUACAAAAAAUUACUGGUGGUUUGAAACAAGAAAUUACGGCAGUGUUUAUGAGGAAUUGGACACUAAUCUACGCAUCUCACAGAAAGACUUCUAUGCCUCUUUCUUAUGCUAGAAAUAGCACCUCUACGAUGUUUAAUGGCUUCUCUGUUUUCUGUCGCCAAAAGUACAAAACAAUGGAGCUAACUUGCUGCCUUCUUGCUGACAUUUCAUUGCACACUCAUUCUCAUAAUUUGUGCAAGUUUGAAUGCGACAACUCUGACGGUAACGCUCAAAGCUUCAAAAUUAAAUCUAAACAAAAGAUAUCUUAUUACAUUCCUCGCACUUUGGAUCUAUUCUUUGCAGUUCCUUUGUGCUUCGGUUGUCAUUUUCUUUGCAGCAUAGUAACAUAUCUCUCUAGCUGUUCAGCACCUCCUUUACCACAGCUUCUUCUUCUUUGGACCAUGCUGCCUCAAAGGAUUUGGAGAUUCUGCAACAUCAAAGUUGCAUCUAACGUAGACUUUAUCUUAAAAGCGUUGGCAUUUCUAGCAACUAUACGUACUUUUGUGUAUUCUUCAUCUUCUACCAUUUCCAGGGCUUAGGAUUUGGCUACUUGGUCAUCAAAAUAAUUUGAUGUAAUGCACUGAGUACUCUGUUAGUCCACAGUGGCGUGGUCUCAAAAAAUAAUUACUAUUUUUAUCU